AUGUCUAAGGUCUCAGCAAAUUUUGUCCAAUUCUUUUCCUGCGGGCUCAUCCACCAUUUAUUAGCACAAGGUUCAGCCGACAUCAAGACGUGUUACCGUGAUAUAGGCUACAAGUUAGCGCCCAAACUGCUAGAAACGUACAAAAUACAGCAAACAAAUGAUUUGUAUAUGCUCUUGCAGAACGUUAAGAAUCUUCUCUCCAACCUCUAUUCAAGCAAACGAACAAUCAGUAUGACAAGUGACAGAGAGUACUACAUAAUAACAGAAAGUGACCCAUUGCUGAGCAGGAGCGGAGUAAAAAACCCGAACCCCAACAAUUUGAUCGCUGGAUUGAUUGAAGGAUGUCUCGAUGCCAAUCUUUUUGAUUGUGACGUUCUUGUGAGUGAUGGAUCGGAUAAAAGCAGUCCUGAUCAGGUUUAUUAUCUUAUAAAGAAUAGAAAAAAUAUAAAAUUUUAGAAUAAAGUGCAACUUUGUUACCUGAUCAUUGCUUGAGAGUGGUAUUGUACCCGAUGAUUGCGUGAGAAAAUGGUAAUUUUGUAAAUGUGUGUUUGCUUGGAUGCUGUUGGUGUGUAAAGAUAAGUGAAUGAUUUGUAGUAAAAAUAAUAUUAGCGGGUAUAGCUGUGCCAUGAGAGGACAUUUUAUUUAACAUUGACAUGGUGAGGUUGUUGCUACACUGCUUGCUAUGGAGGCGCAUUUGCAUAUCAACAGCGCGUUUAUGUGCAAAAAUAAACGCGUUGUAAUAAAAACUUUUCCAUGUUCACAACAAUUAAGUUGCCAUCCUGAAACGCUAACAAUUAUUUACAACCAUUU